UCGUUUUCUGUGAUUUUGGUUGACGCAUCGCAUCUUCCGCAAAUUUUCCCAUCAGCAGACAUAAAAACCAAAAAGCGAAGCUUUGCAGAUUUACUGCGUACACCGUUUGCGGAUCUGUGACUGACGUCCCCGGACGAAUUUUCGGCAACCGGCGCAGAAAAUGAGCGAGAAACGCAAGGCCGACGAGGAGCUGGACGGCAGUGAGGCCAAAAAGCCGCAGCUCGAGGAGGAGGAAAAAAAGGAGCCUGAUGCCGCCGACAGCAGCGGAGACGCUAAGCCGCUGGUGCAGGGUCCUGAACACGCUGGCACGCUUGUUGUCUGCGGUCAGUUCAACUGGGACAUGGUCGGCAAACGCGACAGCAAGCAGGCCGCCCCUGCAGUGCCUCAGGGGCGCACGCUCUGGAGCCCUCAUAUCUUCGGCCCACUGAAGGAUGUCCGCGUUCGGGUCGCCACCUCUGGAGGUUGCUCAGGACAUAAUGUUAUUGUCACUGAGGAUGGAAAGUGCUUCACUUUUGGAAGGAAUGUUAAAGGGCAACUUGGUUUGGGUGAUGAGGAAAGACGAGACAUUCCAACGUUAGUGGAGAGUCUCAAGGGUGAAAAAAUUGUUGGAGCUGCUUGUGGCAGACAUCACACUUUGUUCCUCACUGAUCGAGGCGAAGUAUACAGUGCCGGAGAUAACAAAUGUGGCCAGUGUGGGGUUGGCAAUACAAACCCUGUUUUGACUGCAACAAAGAUCAAACAUCAGGGAGCGCCAAUUGUGAAGGUUUCUUGUGGCGCAGAGUUCUCUGCUAUCCUUGAUUGCCGUGGAGUUUUGUUCACUUUUGGACUGCCUGAAUAUGGCCAGUUAGGUCACAAUACCGAUGGAAAGUACUUCAUCACAAGCACCAAACUGGGCUUCAAUAACGAGACAAAGCCGAAACGCAUUCUAAUGUACAUCGAAAAGCAGGGUCGGGACAACCACAGCACUCCUGUGGAUGACGUUGACAUUCAGGAUGUGGCCUGUGGUGUCAACCACACAGUGGCUGUCGACUCCAAGGGGAGAGUGUUCUCCUGGGGCUUCGGUGGCUACGGCCGCCUUGGACAUGCCGAAACCAAAGACGAAAUGGUGCCCAGGAGAAUCAAGUAUUUCGACACACAGACCCGAGGCAUUAAGAAAGUAUUUGCUGGGUCCACAUACAGUCUGGCUCUGGCUGAAAAUGGAAAUGUUUUCUCAUGGGGCAUGACCAAACGCACAGGGGAGGCCAACAUGUAUCCCAAACCAGUGCAGGAUCUCUGUGGAUGGGACGUUAGGAGCAUUGGCUGCUCCGUGACAAGUGUCAUGGUGGCCGCUGAUGAGUCUGUCAUAGGCUGGGGAUGCUCCCCCACCUAUGGUGAACUGGGACUUGGAGAGACAAAAAAGUCAUCUGCAAACCCGACGGAAGUGAAGUUGAUGGAUGGUAUUCAUGUGCACGCAAUCGAAAUGGGCAUGGGGCACACCCUGAUGAUCUGCAGGGACGAGUCUGAGCAAGAUAAGGCUAAUCUGGCCGAUCUGCCUGUCUACAACAUCUAAACAAGCCGCUGCGCAUUCCUCCUUAUUUAUUAAUUUACGCAUCUCUAAAUUUGCCCAUUUUUGAUGACAACCACGAGAGUUACUACUUAAGGUUUGGAAAUGUAAGGCUGGUCAAUUACUUAACUCUGGAUCUGACAUCGGAGGAGCCAUCAAAGUAACGUAGACUCAAUACCUCUCAAUUUUAUUUUUUUAAACAUAAUAUUGAUAACAACACUUAUGGGUAGCAGUAGUUUGUUAAGGUAACAAAUAAAAAACAACGCAGGUGACGCCUGAAUUAAAUCGGA